CCGCAUGAAUAUCUCAUGCUUAUACUUCUGAGACAUACUUAUACUAAAAAAAACUAUUAUUUAACUGAAAGCCAAUUUUAACUGGGUAUUCUGCCUUUUAUCUGGCAAGACCAGCACUGCUCCACCACCACCACCCUCCGCCCCAGAAAUCCACUGCAGACACCAGGGGCCCCUGGAAGGAUUUACUGGGGACUUUCACUUCUGCUUCCUUAAUGACUCAGGGUCCAGUAGGAGAGCCCCCAGCCUCCACCCACCCAAAGCCAGGCCCCAAGGUUAGACACAUGCCCUCCACCCCCUCUCCCAGAGAUGACUGGGAAAGGUGACCAGCUCAGGGAGCCCAGACGCCAGGUGAGCCCCCCAGGAAAGAGUGAGUUCAAGUGGGUGCCAGGUGGUGGUGGGGAGAGUCCAGAAAAGGAAAAAGAGUCGUGUGGGUCUGUGCACCAGAAGCUCAUUUCAUGCAUCAGUUCCCCGGGGCUCAGCUUCCGCCUUCUGCCCUUGCCCACUGCCCGUCAAAGCGUCUGGGGAAUAAGUGUGUCCCAGGAACGUCCAAGUGCCUGAGAUGUUGCUGCCGCUGUUCUUGGCCAUGCUGUGGGGCGGGUCGCAGGCUCUGGACUUAUUCAAGCUGCAGGUGCAGGAGUCUGUGAUGGUGCAAGAAGGCCUGUGUGUGGUCGUGCCCUGCUCCAUCUUCUACCCCUCCAGAGGAUGGAUUCCCACUACCCCAGCUUACGGCUUCUGGUUCAGAGAUCAGACCCCCAGGCCCAGUCUGCCAGUGGCCACCAACAAGCCGGGUCAGGACGUGGACACAGACACCUGGGGCCGAUUCCAGCUCCUUGGCGAUCCCAGCGAGAGCUGCUCCUUGCUCAUCAGAGAGGCACGCCUGGAGGACAGCUCACUGUACUUCUUCCGGUUUGAGAGAGGCGAUUAUGUGAAAUAUAAUUUCAUGGAAUACAAGUUCUAUCUGCAGGUGACAGCCCUGACACAGAAGCCGGCGAUCUAUGUCCCCGAGAUCUUGCAGCCCGGGCACCAGGUGACGCUCUUCUGUGCAUUUAACUGGAUCUUUGACGAAUGUCCUGUCCCUACUCUCUCCUGGAUCGGGAACACCGUCUCUGCCAAUGGGGCCAGCCCGAGAACUUCGUACUUGUCAGAGCUCACCUUCACACCCAGACCCCAGGACCACAACACUGAGCUCACCUGCAGAGUGGACUUCUCCGGAGAGGGUGUGAGCACGCAGAACACCGUCCGGCUUAGUGUGGCCUAUGCCCCCAAAGACCUGGUUAUCAGCAUCUCCAACACCGAUGAGCCAGCUCUGGAGCCCAGGGGAGAGAGCCCACACCUGGAAGUCAAGAAAGGCCAGUCCCUGCGGCUGCUCUGUGCCGCGGACAGUUUGCCACUGGCCACGUUGAGCUGGACCCUGCAGGAUAGAGUCCUCUCCUGGUCCCACCCCUUGGGAUCCACAACUCUGGAGCUGGUGCUGCCCGGGGUGAAGGCCGAGGACGCGGGUCGCUACACCUGCCGGGCUGAGAACAGGCUUGGCUUCUUGAGCCGCAGCCUGGACCUCUCAGUGCGGUAUGCCCCGGAGAACCUGAAAGUGGUGGUCUCGCGAGCAAACCACACAGCCCUGGAAAACUUGGAGAGCGGAGCAUCUCUUCGGGUCCUGGAGGGCCAAAGCCUGCGUCUCCUCUGUGUUGCUCAUGGCAACCCCCCCGCCCAGCUGAGCUGGACCCGACAGGGACAGACUCUGAGCCCCUCCCAGCCCUCAGAUCCCGGGGUCCUGGAGCUGCCUCAGAUACAAACAGAGCAGGAAGGGGAGUUCACCUGCUGGGCUCAGAACCCGCUGGGCUCCCAAAAGAUCUCCCUGAGCCUCUCCGUGGUCUCUCCCCCGCAGCUGCUGGGCCCCUCCUGCUCCCAGGAGGACGAGGGUGUGCGCUGCAGCUGCUCCUCCCGAGCCUGGCCGGCCCCCUCCCUGCGCUGGUGGCUCGCGGAGGGGCUGCUGGAGGGGGAGCUCAGCAACGCCUCCUUCGAGGUCAGCUCCGGCUCCGCCGGGCCCUGGGCCAACAGUUCCCUGAGCCUCCGCCAGGGGCUCAGCUCCGGCCUCAGACUCAGCUGCGAGGCCCUGAACGCCCACGGGGCCCAGAGCGGGUCUGUCCUGCUGCUGCCAGAUGAGAAGGGACUAGCCUCCAGAGCGUUCUCCAGCGGAGUCUCUCUAGGGACUGGCGUCACCACCCUCCUCUUCCUCUGCUUCAUCCUGAUCCUCGUGAGGGCUCUGAGGAAGAAAUGGACCCAGGCAGAGGUCCCGGCCCCGGCCCCGGCCCCGACCCCGGCCCCGACCCGGACCCCGGCUCCGGCCCCCGGAAAGGCUCCGCGGUCCAGGUUCUCACGCAGGAGCACGAUCCUGGAUUACAUCAACGUGAUCCCUAAGGCCAGCCCCCUGAAACAGAAAGCCAAACCAAGCAGUCCUUCCCAGCCUCCUCCAGAUGGUCACUCCCCGGAAGCCAGAAAGAACCAGAAGGAGCUCCAUCUCGUCUCCCACAACUGUCCAGGACCCAAGUCAUCCCCACAAGCCUCAGAAGCAGAGAACAGCCAAGAGGAGCUCCAUUACGCUGUCCUCAACUUCCCAGGACUCAGACCAUGGGAGACCCAGAGACCCAAGGGCACGCACCCAGAGUACGCUGAAAUCCAGUUCCACUGAGGGUCUACUGGGCCAGAGGACUUGGAUCCAGGCCAGGGAGAGAGGCAGGGCAAUUGGGAAGAGAACAGAGGGUGCUCUCUCUCUCUCUCUCUCUCUUUAAUCCUCCGAGGAUGGGUCAUCCCAUCCCAGACCCUAGCAUUUUGGAGCAGCUUGAUGAAUGUCUCCAGAGUUGUUGUUCAAUCGCUCAGUCGUGUCCGACUCUUUUCGACGCCAUGGACUGUAGCCCUCCAGGCUUCCUUGUCCUUCACCAUCUUCUGGAAUUUUCUCGGACUCAUGUCCAUUGAGUCGGUGAUGCCAUCCAGUCAUCUCAUCCUCUGUUGCCCCCUUCUACUCCUGCCCUUACUUCUCCAAAUACACUCUUCUGAGCAAGCAAAAGCUUUUCCUGGGAGAAACCCAGGCCCCGCCCCAGCUGGUUAUUCACAGUCUCAGUUUCUCAAGGGCUGGGAGGGCCUUUAGAGAGGAUGAGGCACUCCUGUUUGUGAGGUUGCCCAGACAACCUCAUGGGUCAAGUCUGGGCCACUGCGGGCUUUGAUGGCACCUGUGAGCCGAGAGUGUUUUUUACAUCUUAAAUGGUUCAAGGGAAAAAAAAAUCAAAAGAAGGAUGUUUUAUGAUGCAUGGAAAUGACUUGAGAUUCAAAUUUCACUGUCCCUAAAUAAAGCUUUAUUGGAGCGCA